GUGCAAAUUUAUCAUUUAAAUUGAAAUUUUGCUUAUUUCUUGUUAAUUGACAUUAUGUGAAUCUAUUUAGUUAACAAUUAUCUUAUCAUUCGGUUCUAAUUGACUCAGUUUCCUCUGUUCCUCUUUUGAAAAUGUUCAAGUUGAACUGAAAUGAAAUGGGUUUGUUAUCACUUGUACUUUGAUUGUUGCUAUAAAUCCUGAUGCAGUUUCAUGUUAUUUACAUUUUAACCUGAGACCUCAAUUAAUUGUACAGUUGUAGUUUGUCUCAAAUAGUCAGUUGAUUGCUUACAAUUGUGUCAACAUGAAUUCAUGUGUACCAAAUCUCACCAAUGAAGCUUUGAAUGAGCUUGAACAAGACGCCAAAGAGUUUGCAUUGGUAAAAGGAAUCAGUUGUCGAUCGAAGGAUUUACUCAAUGAAAACUGUGUACAAUCAUUGAGAUUCAGUUUGUUUCCUUCGCCAUUUCCCUCAAAAUGGUGUUUGUUGGCCCAAAGAAUCCAGAAAGGGAUCAACCUAAUGAUGCACCGGAUCGCUCACGACAAACACUUUCUAGAGGAAUCAUUGGCCGACGUGAUUCGUGUGGACUCAUUCACCCGAUCGCUUUAUGAGAUAUAUUUGAAAGUAGAAGACGAUCCAAAGGCCUCGAAGUACAACUUGGGCUUUUUCCGAUCGGAUUAUAUGUUGAACAAGGAACCAGAAGCUCUUCGACAAGUGGAGAUCAACGCGAUUUCGGUGAGUUUCGCUGGACUGUCCCCGUUGAUCUCGCAACUUCAUCAGUAUGUGAACAAUAAAGUGAACCCUAAAAGUGAAUUUAAUCAACCGGAAAAAAAUACUUGUCGUUCUGUGGCCUUCGCUCUAUCAAAAGCCUGGGAUGUUUAUGGAAAGAAAGAUGCGAUUAUAAUAAUCAUUGUGGAAGAAAAAACUUAUAAUAUUUGUGAUCAAAAAGCGAUAGAAAUUGAACUGUUCAACUUGAGACCAGAAAUUCUGGUGAAAAGGAAGAAAUUCUCUCAAAUCGACAGCAAUUCUUUAGAUGGAAACAAUGUCCUGAGAGUGGAUGACAAAGAAGUCGCUGUUGUUUAUUAUAGAACUGGUUAUGUACCAGCUGAUUACCCGAAUUCGAGUGCUUGGGACACCCGAUUGAUUUUGGAAAAAUCGAAAGCAAUCAAAUGUCCAUCGAUCAAGUACCAAUUGUCUGGUGUCAAAAAGUUCCAACAAAUUCUCACUGAUAAACAAGUUCUGAGUAAAUUCAUCAAACCAGACGAAGGAUUAGACGAACUUUAUGGUACAUUCGCUGCGAUUUAUUUACUCAAAGAUUCGCCGGAAGGAAACAAAUACUUGGAAAUGGGCCUUAAGAAUCCAGAGAAAUUUGUUCUCAAACCUCAACGGGAAGGCGGAGGUAACAAUUACUACGGUCAAGAGAUUGUCCAGAAACUGAAUGAGAUUCGAAAUUCACAAGAGAGAGAUGCUUUCAUUCUGAUGGAAUUGAUCGACGCCGUUCCAAUUUCUAAUUACGGUGUUGACAGUAGAUCUAAUCUUCGAUCUCGAAACUUCGCCAUGGACACAAUUAUCUCUGAAUUGGGAAUAUUCGGCUCGAUUCUUGCCGACGAUAAACUCGUUUACCACAAUUCUGAAGAUGGUUACUUGUUAAGAAGUAAACGAAUCAGUGAUAACGAAGCGGGAAUCGCCGCUGGAGCGGGUUUUCUGGAUUCACCUUAUCUCUUUUGAUUAAGCUCUAAUUCAUUAUUAAAUUAGGUUAGAAAAGACAAAACUGAACCUUAAUUGCUCAAUUAUCGUAUUUUCUGCUUCUGAUUACACUAUUUUUACACUCGCAAUAUAAUUUAACUAUUCCAGAGAUUUUCAGUCGACUAUUGUAUCAAAUGAACAAAUUAAAAUGAUUUGUUGCCCGACACUUACAAUUUAA